UCCUACACUCGGAGCAACUUGAAGCAAGCCGUUGGCCUUCCUUUCUUUACCAGAAAACCCGAAAAUUCUUCCCAGAGCUUUGAGAGCUUGACCCAUUCUUUGAAAAACAAGAAGAAAAAGAAACAAACAAACAAAAAAGGACUUAUAUAUACGCACCCUUCGACAUCAUGAAGUUCACUCUUUCUUCUGCCCUCGUGGUCUUGUCCGCGGUCGUCUCGACCGUACUCGCCGCACCACACCCGGCUUCUGCUAGCAGUGUUGCCACCUCUACUGCUGGUAAUGCUCCAGCUGCCAGCAGUGCCGCUGCUACCAACGGCACGGACGAGGCCGUCGAGCAGGAAACUCCCAGCACAUGGACCGUCAUUGUCGACAAUGACGACCCCCGCACGCUGGAGCAGAUGAUUGCCGAUAUGGGGGACGUCAAGGUCAACCGCAUCUACAACAACACAGCGUUCAAGGGCUUCUCCUGUUCCAUGGCCUCCAACAGAGCCAGCGUCAUGUCGAUGACCGGGCUCAAGACUUUCGAGCGUGAUAUCGAGAUCAAGGUCGCGGGAUCCCAGGUGAACGCACCGUGGGGUCUGCAGAGGUUGAGCCAGGGACAAGCCAUCCAGUCCGCUGGUGGUCUGGAUGAGGCGAAAAUCGCGGCUAUCGACUUUACGUAUCAGUUCGAGGGUGGACUCAAUCAGACUGGGGCCCUAGGCAAGGACGUCGAUAUCUACAUCAUCGAUACCGGUAUCAAUGUGGAUCACGUCGACUUUGAUGGCCGUGCUAGCUUCGGAUUCACUAUCGACGACGAGACCGACAGUCAGGGACAUGGAACUCACUGUGCUGGUACUGCGGCUUCGACCACUUUCGGCGUCGCAAAGAAUGCAAACAUCAUUGCCGUCAAAGUCCUCGGACCGGACUCCGGUUUCACUUCCGAUAUCCUGGCCGGAAUCGACUGGAUGAUGCAGAACCACGAGAAGCGCAUGAAGACUGGAAACUUUGCCGGCUCGGUCGCAUCCAUGUCCCUCGGAUCCCUCGAGCCCUCGACGUCCCUCAACGAGGCCAUCGCCCAGGCCAACGCGAACGGAAUCCACUUCUCCGUUGCCGCCGGAAACGAGGAACGUGAUGCAUGCCUGGGCAGCCCCGGCUCGGCAGUCGUCAACGAUGCGAGCAAUGCCAUCGUCGUUGGUGCUACUACCAUCACCGACGAGCGUGCCUCAUUCUCGAACUUUGGCGACUGCACCACCCUGUACGCACCCGGCCAGGACAUCACCAGCACCUGGGUUGGAAGCACGAACAAGAUCAACACUAUUUCCGGAACAAGCAUGGCCUGUCCUCACGUCUCCGGCCUGAUCGCCUACACGCUCAGCCAGAACCCCUCGCUCAAGACCGACACGAAGGGAAUGAAAGCGUUCCUCGUACAGAGUGCGCAGGAUCUCGAGAUCACGGAGCCCUCGGGCGACACCGUAACCGUCAAGUACGCAAAUAACGGCUUCAUCGCCCCCCGCACGGGCGCGAAGCUCCUCAAGCGUACCUUCUCGCGUCUCUAGACUCGUCCCACCCUUGCCGCGGCUGUA